AUGGAGAAAACCCGUCAUGAAUCACAAGGAAUGACGGCGUCGGAUGUCGAUGUCAUAUGGUUGCGGAACUCGCUGAUUAACUACCGCCCUGGACAAGGCACUGGCGUGCAGGACCCACACUUCUUGGAGGUUGUAAAGAGACACGUCCCCGUUCCAGGUGAUAAGGUUUGUCUUGUUUCCAACAUAGAUGACCCGAAGUGGGGACGCUUCGUGCCAUACACACUCUGUCGCCGUCACUAUUGGUCCGACAAAAAGUACAAGGUCAAGACUUUCAUUCAAUCCCAGCCUUGCGACAACAUCAGAAUUGAGGGCACGCUGCUGCUUCACUUUGUUUGCCGCGAACCCCUUCCAGUGAAUGUACUGAAAUACAUUGCGACUAGCGAUCCCAGCGCCCUUCAAACAACGUGUUCAGUCUCCGUGCCAUCGUCCCAUUCGUUGGUCUCUGGACUGAUGUUCAGCCGAGCUCUGCCACUUCAUGUGGCCAUUGAGAUGUUCCGCUUCGACCCUAAAAAAACAAUGAUUUUUCCAGCCUUCAAGUACUUGGUUGAACAAUUUCCCCAGGCGUUGGCUAUCCGCAAUUGUAAGGGAUCGCUGCCGCUGGAACAGGCCUGCAAUAUCGGAGCGACCCCCCCUUCUCUCCUUCGAUACCUUGACAAGCAUCACUCGACGUCGAGUGAUGCUCCAGAACUCAAGCAAGAUCCAUUCUGGCUGGCAUGCAAAGCGGGUCAUCCGCUACCAAACUUGCUCACGUUGCUGUGUCGCGAUGUCCCCCUUGCAGCCAUUCGACGUUGGCAUCUUGCCACUCAGGAUCGGGAGGAAAGCAGAGCCAAAAACAGAGUGAGGGGUCUUGUCCACAAGGCAGAACGUCUCAUGCAAAACUUGCACGACAAGGAAUUGACUGCACUGCAAGCCAACGUGCAAACAGCCAUGGCCGGUGUCUCUUACAAUGAGCCCAGCGACAAGCUGCUUGUGAUCUUUCACACAUGGAUCAAAGAUUUUGUAGAACGCUGGAAAGCUGAGAUCGACACUAUCCGUGGCGAAGUCAGCGACAUCCUACUAGAACCAGCUUCAGAAAUGGACGCUUCGGGUGCAACCUCUCCUACUACUGGAAGUGGAGAAAGAUGA